AAACAAUUGACUGGACGGGAGCAAAGUCCCCAGCUACACUACACUGUUUAAGGGGUCAAAGAAGUCCCUUUUCACGUCAUGAUACCCGGGCCUCACCACUAUUGAUCCAAUCUCUUCCAUUCUCUCGUAAUCUUCACACGCACAAUUGUUCACAUUGCGCAUCAUACCAACCAAGACGCGUUUGUUUCUGCAGCAACAACACCGCUCACCACCAAAAAGUGGGUCCCUCCACGAACCUCACCAUGUCCUCACCAACACCUUUAUCGACGACACCCUCACCACUCGACGCCGAGAUCGAAUCUCUCAAAGCCAAAGUCACAACCCUCAAAUCCCACCUCCGCAUCCAAACCUCUACCCUCAUCUCCUCCCCUUCUGUCUCCUCCCUUCUCUCCAACCCGCCUUCCUCCUCGCACCUCAAACCAAAGGGCCUCACCCCAACCAUCCUCAAAUCCCUCCGCCACCACGCCUCUCUCCAAAAGGCGCACAACCAACAAUCCCUCUACCGGACUUGCGCCACCAUCACCACCUUCCGCGUGCAAGACCCGGACCCGAACGCGGUAGACGGCGGAGCCGUCCUCGGGUUAAGGAUAGAGGUCUUUGCGCGCGGGAGGUUCAUGAGGCCCUAUUAUGUUUUGAUGAAUCGGCCUUGGUCGGAGGGGACCAAGAAUGGGAAGGCAGGAAAUAGCAGCAGCAGCAGCAGCAGCAGCAAAGAGAAGGAGAAGAACCGAAGCAGCAGCAGAAAGGCAACCACCGGCGGCGGCGGGAGGUACGCAAACUGGCUGCGAGUCCACAGACAUACCGUUCCCCCUUGUAUUCCGAUUUCAGGAUUAGCUGCGCGAUACUUGCCAGCACCACCAUCACCAUCACCAUCAUCAUCAUCAUCAUCAUCAUCGCGACGACGACCCAUCGAAGAAGAAGAAGAAGAAGAAGAACAAGGUGGUGUGAGGGAGCAAAACCUUGUCAAGUUCGCAAGAAGCUUAAGAAGGGAGUUGGUGCGGUAUCAUCACCGUCUGGCAACCAUUACGGACCUGCGGAGGGCGAUCAUGGCGGAAGAUCAACAAACCGAGCAACAAGAAGAAAAGGGCCCAAAUAAAAUACAAGACGUCAUCCCCGCCGAUGCCGAAGCGAAACAAAUCACUGUCGAAUGGGCAGAUGGUCAGACGGGACGCUUGGUGAUGGGUGAUGAUGGGGAGAUUGUGCAGGUUGUUGCGUUGAAUGGUGGUGGUGGUGGUGGAGGGCAAGGAAAUGGAAGUGGGAGGGAUAGAGAGGUGGUUAGGGAGUUGGUAGGGAAUGCGAAAAGGGUGGAGGAUGUUGUUAGGCGGUUGGGGUCGGGAACAAAGGUUUGAUGGGCGUGUAGAACUGCCUGGGUGGGGAGAGUUAGGUCAAUUUGAUACCCUGAAUGAACAGUUAUUAGGUACGUUUCGUCGAGGCAAAGAGAAAUGUGAUGAGUAGGUAGACAGUAGCCAGGCGCGCUUACCUCUAUCCAUCCCCAA